AUGUCGGGUAUGUCUACGGAUCGAAACACCCGUCAUGGGUACAAGGGGACGGGUCAGGCAACCGCCCAGGACCGGGCCAUGGACCGGCGGGAUCGGCUGCGAAGAUUGGCGAUGGAGAGCAUCGACUUGUCAAAAGAUCCCUACUUUAUGAUGAAUCACGUCGGGACGUUCGAGUGCAAGCUCUGCCUCACCGUGCACACGAACGAAGGUAUGGUAGGAAGUUUCUCUCUUGGUGUCAACUGCUGCAGGUCCUGGUCCACAAAAAAUGGAACCAAUUUAUUUUCUGUAAAGAAAUUCUAACUCAACCACAUUUCGUUCCCUUCCUGACGCUCGCGUACGUUGUUUCUCCGCGGCCUUGAAAACGGGGACGAUAAGUAAAGCACUUUAUAAAGUUUAAAGCUCAAAUCACUCCAGGUUCCUACCUCGCGCACACGCAGGGGAAGAAGCACCAAAUCAACCUGGCGCGACGACAAGAGAGGGAAAAGAAGCUCGCAGCGGCUAACGCGUUUUCCGUGCCAGUACCAAAGGAUAUGGUGAAAAAAACCGGCACGAUAAAGAUUGGGCGACCAGGUUACAAGGUCACAAAGGAGAGGGAGCCAACAACGAAACAGAAGGUAAUUGUGCGCGAAGAAUCAUUUCUUCUAUCGUUUUGCAUCAACUACAUGUGCGCAUGCUGAGCUUGACAAAGUCAACGACACCGCCAUGAUCAUUUAUUUUUCUGGAAACAUAUUACAACCACAGGCCCUCCUUUUUGAAAUUGAGUACCCUUCCAUCGAGCCGGACGUGAUUCCGCGGCACCGGUUUAUGAGCUGUUACGAGCAGAAGAAGGAGAGUCCCGACAUGAAUUUCCAGUACCUGCUGAUUGCGGCGGACCCGUAUGAGACGAUUGCCUUCAAAGUCCCCAACAUGGAGAUUGACAGGGGGGAAGACGGGAAAUUUUACGAGGUUUGGGACAAGUCGAAAAAGACUUACACGCUCCAGAUCUGGUUCAAAGACCGGGAGUUCAAAGAACUUCCCGGUCUCGCACAGAACGUGCGGGAAACAAAUUUGGCGUUCCACGGUGGCGGCGGGUUCACAAGGUAGAAGGGUCGACGACGUUCUUCUGGGCAUCUGGACGAGGUCAAUCAUGCCUUUGUCCACCCUCUAGUGGCCGGAGGAGUAGCUCCGGUGCUAUUGGGCUUAUCAAAGAUGAAGCUGAUGUACUUGGUACGGCCACGAUUUUCUGUCUCAAACGAACCGCAGUGUGUUGUUGACACGACAUUCAUAUUGAUGAUGAGAAGCGAGUACUAGUCAAGAAAAUGAGAUGUCGAUGAGUCGCUUCUACUCUGGCAGUUCCGGUUCGCUGGACGCUUCUCUCCAUUUACGUUGAAGCUUCCAGACGUUCACGCUUUUCAGAAUUACAGAGAAGUUGGCGUCAGGCACGGAAGAUCUUCAAAUUGAAAAGAAUUAUCAGGAUCACUCAACACAAUCACAAAGCUCCUGGAUCAUGUCUGUGGCGCAUCAACCAAGGAGACUCAACAAAG